AUGAACACGGACAAGAAAGCAGCUGCAGAGAUAGCUGCGCAAGAUAUUGACAGCAGUGAGAUGGGCGUAGUCAAUAAUGUGUCGACAAAGCAGAGCUAUGUGCUCAAGAUGGACUUGCGCUUGAUCCCUAUCCUAGGAUGCACGUAUACGAUUCUCUUCCUGGACCGGACUAACAUCGCGAAUGCCAGAAUCGAAGGCCUGGAGGAGGGCCUCAAUAUGCCAUCCCACGGCUACAAUACAGCUUUGUGGAUCUUCUUUGUCCCCUUUAUCCUGAUCGAGGUGCCCAGUAACCUGAUCAUGGGGUUGCCUCGUGUGCGGCCUAAAUGGUUCCUGGGUGUCAAUAUGCUUCUCCUCGGGAUUAUAGCGACUUGUCAAGGUCUAACCCGGUCGUAUGGUGGGCUGCUCGCGUUGCGAUUCUUGAUGGGCAUUUUUGAGGCAACUCUACCAGCUGGGGCCGCGUUCUUGAUCAACGAGUACUACACCCGCGCCCAGAUGUCUCUUCGGUACGCGUGCUUCUUCUGCUUCGGCGCCCUAGGACCUUGCAUUAGCGGCAUACUGGCAUACGGCAUCCGCAAUAUGCAUGGCAUUGCUGGACUGGAGGGCUUUAGAUGGAUCUUUAUCAUCGAGGGCCUCGUCACCAUCUUCAUCUCCUUCUUCGUGUUCGUCUUCGUGCCGGACUUUCCAGAAAGGACCAACAUCUUGAGCGCCACAGAACGAGAGCACCUCCUUGCGGUACUCCGACAAGAUAAAGGGACCCAGAAGUUGGAUCUCAAGAAGGUAAACUGGUUGAAGAUAUUGACCGACUACAAGAUCUGGUUUCCAACACUGAUGUUCUUUUGUUGCGAUAUGACAGCGGCAUCAAUGGCCUCCUUCAUUCCUACAAUUUUGACCGAACUCGGUUGGACAGCUGCCUAUGCUCAGGCAAUGUCGGUACCCAUCUGGCUCACCGCUAUGGUCUUCCAAGUCACGGGUGCCUUCCUGAGUUGCCGAACAGGUUGGCGCUUCCCGUUCAUCCUCUUCGGUGUCGUCUGCGCUAUGAUCGGUUGGGUCAUCCAACUUGUGUACUCAGAACAUGGCAAUGUGUCGGCUGCUGUACGCUACUUUGGUCUGUUCUGCAUGAGCGGCGGAGCGUUUCUGCAGAUGACCAUGUCCACGGCCUGGAUGUCGAACAAUCUGCGCGGCCGCGCUAGCAUCGCUGCCGGUACAGCCAUCGUACUGGGGUUCGGUAAUUGCGCGAACUUUAUCGCUACAAACAUUUUCAUCAAGGCCGAGGCACCAUACUAUCCCUCUGCUUUCAGGACAGGCCUGGCUAUCACUGUGGCCGGCGGUGGGUUCUGCGUGACUUACGCAGGGCUGCUGUGGCGACACAAUCGGAAGCUGGCAAGGAAAAGGGUAGAGGAUGGCGGCGAAGACGAUCAGAAAGAGUACAGGUACCAAGUUUGA